AAACUCCGCAUCAUCGCGCAGGAAGAGGAGCGGUGUUCACCAGCUGGAGUAAAAUAAUAAUAAUAAUAAUUUAAAUUAAAAAAAAAAAAAAAAAAAAAAACAUCCGAGCAGAGGAGGACAGAAGAUCGGAAGGCAUGUCGUCUGAAAAACACGGGCUCGAUGAGUCUGGUCGUCAGACCAUGCAGCCUCCUCCGUACCUGCCGGGCCCCCAAGACCCCAACGUGCCUCAGCACCCCAACAUGCCUCCUGCGCCGGGCACCCAGCCCAACUACCCUCCCCCGCCUCCUCCUCCGGGUUCGGAAGGAUACCUCCAAGAAACUCAGUUCCACUGCGGCCCAAUGGGGCCCCCCGGAGCCCCGCAGGGCUACACCGUCCAGACCCAGGCGCCCGGAGGCACCAUGGCUCACCCCCCCGUGGGAUACAUCCACCCGGGCUACCCGCUCCAGCUGCAACCCUGCACGGCCUACGUACCCGUCUACCCCAUGGCGUCGGGUCAGCCCUACAUGCCGGCCGGAGGAGCUCACCCAGCCAUCCCCUCGGGCCAGAUUCACCCCAUGCAAAUGCCGCCCAGCAUCACCCUAAUGGACCGUCGGCCGCCACACGACUACCUGCCCAUCGCCGUCCUCACCACCGUCUGCUGCUUCUGGCCCACAGGCAUCAUCGCUAUCAUCAAAGCAGUGCAGGUGCGCACGGCGAUAGCCAGAGGAGACAUGGUGACGGCGGAGAUAGCCUCCCGCGAGGCGCGCAACUUCUCCUUCAUCAGCCUGGCUGUCGGCAUCGCCUCCAUCGUGCUGUGCACCAUCCUCACGGUGGUCGUCAUCAUAGCCUCGCAGCACCACGACGACGACUGGGAGCCGUAACUCCACGCCCGUCUCCCGAUUGGGGAGGGAAAUCGUAUAUAUAUUAGCUAGCUCAGUUGUUUGGAGGAAGUAGGAGCACUGAAAAUGCACUCAAACUGUCUCUGCUUGCCGGCCCUCUACAUUACACACUUACCAACGACCAAAAACGAGAAAUCACAGCCGACGUUCAAAAUGCCAAGCAGCCGAGGUGCAGCGCUUAAUAUUUACGCCACAGACAGCUGCAGGAGGCAAACAAAGCUCCGCGCAUUAACAAUUCAUCUGACACUGAUUAAUUCAUACGGCCUUCGUUCAUGUAGUUAGAUCAGAUGAUAGGUCACUGUGUGUUUCAGUUUUAAAUGUUUCAAAAUGAUCCCUCGCAGUGGCUUUAACCUGACACAUCAAAUUCAAAGAUCUGUAGUGAGUAAAGUCAAAUCUACGAUUCAGUCUUACAGUACGAAUACACCUUUAAAAACAUGUGCCAUGUUGAGCCAGUGUUGUUUUACAGAGUAAGUGUUAAGAGGAGCCGAUCAAUGUACAUUUAUUGUAACGCACCAAAUGGAGACAAGCGACUGUCUUAAUAUAACCAAACAGAGUAUUUAUUUCAGAUUGGACGUUCGUGUGUUAAACAGGAUGAAGUGAUGCAUAACUUAUGAAUUAUAUGUUUAUUUAAAAGCUGUUAUUUAUUAAUUUAUUCAAUAUCUACCUGUGCAUUCACUUUUCUUACGCUACUAUUAUUUACAGUAUAUCACCGGUUUACUGAAUUGGCUUAAAUUUUAUAUCUUACCAUGAUGCACUUUGAAAUACCGCAGCUGCUUACAUUCAUAGUUCUUAUAGUGCAUGAUAAAAUUUGAGCAAAUGGGCUUUUAGUGCAAAAAAAACAAUAAAAAACAGCUUGUCUCCCAGCUAUUUGUGGGAACACCUCCACAGAUUUCUAUUUGAUGGUGUGUGCCGCAGUAUUUUUCAAGAUGUCAAACAAGCUGUUAAAACAAGAGAACGAGGAGACAACUUAGAUGUUAAAUAUUUGAAUACUGAAUAUUUUAGAAACGUGUUAGCCUUUAUUUGUGUUGCACAUCUUUCGCUAUUUAACCUCUCGGACACCGUUCAUAGAAACCUUAGUGCGACGUUAGAGGUAGAGGCAACACGACCCUGCAUGUCAUCCUCACUUUGUUUCCUCGAGACGUGCAGCUUCCCUAAAGUUGCGAGGCUGGUUUUGAUAAUGCAGCGUAGCUCGGAACUUCAGGUGUGUUUUGUGGCCGCCAUGUUACAGUAUGAACUAUUUCAUGAGGUUUCAGGAGUUAAGAAAUGAAUGUUUUCAAUGGCAGAAAGAGAAAAUAUUAAUGCCUAUACUGUAUUGUAGCACUUUCCACUCUGUCGAAAUCCUUAUCCUCCCCCCACCUGUCUUAUAUUGUCUUUCUCCUGUCCACAUGAGUUUUUGGACCUAUCGACAUAUCUCUUCUCCUCCCACCUUCUUUCUACUUGUUCCCUAAGAUGACGACAUUUUUAACAGAUUAUACUGUAUAGAGAUAUAAAAAUUUAUGAAAAUUAUGUUUGUUGACUAUGAACACUGGUAGCGACAGUAAACUCAGUUUAUUCCACGAUAUUAUUAUUACUAUCGUUAUUAAUAUUAUUAUUAUUAUGUAGAAUAUACAUCAAAACCAAUCUGGGUCUGUAUUUAUCAGUCAGAGAGAAGAAAAUGCACUAUUCAAGUUAAAUAUUUUAUUACCUCUAUACAAUAUGCAAAUUACAUUCUGCAUAAAUAUACUCUACUUUAAAAGACAUUACUUGACAUGACAGUUUAAAGAACAUGAAAGUGGAGCUAUCAAGCUUGUGUUUAUAAAAAAUAGCAGAUGCUAGCAUUAAUUAAGCUAGUAGCUGUUUUAAGUGGUAAUAUUUGUGAUUGCGAAUUACUUGUGGUUACUGUACUGCAGUGAUCUGCAUAAUAACUUAAAAGUGCUAAACUGAAUAGCAUUUUUGAGUAGCAUUCAGAAUUUUGAUGGAUAGUUUUUAUUCUCGCACAGAGUUGGAUGAAAAGUUUAAUGCCACUCCUGUUUGUUAACGCUGCCUUUUAAAUUAAACUUGUGGUUAUGACAUGUGAACAUAAACUAGUAAAUUAUCUGUAAUUCAUGAGGACACAGGAGAAGGCCCCAAGGCUAACAGUUUAGCAAUGAUGCAUUGCUAAAUGCAUAAUGAAAUCAUAUGGUUGUUGUCGUCAUUAUAUGAAGACAGCAGGUGUUACCUUCAAAAUGUUUUGUGGUUAAUUGUGACAAUGUUCAGCCAUGAGUUGUGAGAAAACUGCUGCUAGGCAACUGUUGCGGGCGGUGAGCUAACACAUCUAAAAUACUUUAAUGCGUACUUUAAAACGUGGACGGUUCUCCUGAACUCAAGUAUAUUUGGAUGUGGCAAAAGUAGCACCCUGGAGAUGUUAGCUUAGCUCCAAAAAAUGGAAACGGCUGCCAUAGCUCUGUCCAGAGAAAUCAAAAUCUACCUACUGGUAUCUUUGAAUUUUUACACUUUGCUCAUUGACAUACUGUGUUAGUGUUAAUUAGUGACCUGUAGAUUGUGCAGGUGUGUGGAUUGUAUUACAUUUGGACAGAGCUAGGUGUGCUAUCUCCCCUGUUGCUAAUGCUAAGCUAAGAGCUGCAGCCUCACAUGCAUCUCAGAGAGAGUGGUAUUAAUCUAAUCUCAUCUAAAUUCUCUGCAAAACAGAAAAGAAAAAGAAAGAAGGAAAAACAAACGCACCUCAUAAAAUGUCAGACUGCUAAUUUAAACAGAUGAGUUCAACCAAUUUCACUUUUCCCUGUUUGAUGAAUACAGACCCUGUUGUUAUGUUGGCACCGUGAUAUCCAGUGUUAAAGCGUAAAAGAAACACAGUGCUGUUUAGUAUUAUUAUUAUUAUUGUACAGACGGCUCUGGCAGUGAGUGUGUGUCUACUGAAUAGAGUCACUCCUAGCAUAUCUAGUUUAUCUGGCGUUUAUAGGCUGCAUCUCCCUGUGUGCUUUCUGACAGGACAAACUGCAGCUGUUUGCUCCACAGCUGGGAGAUGUGAUCCCCGUUUCCUUUCCAUUCGUUUUUCUUUCAUUUAUCUAUUUAUUUAUUUUGGUUUCUCAGCUUGUAAAUGCGACGGACUGCUUGUUCAAAGAGCCAAAAAUUACCUGUGUACACGUGGUUCUCUUGGGGUUUAUUAUUCUAAUUAUGUUCAUGGCUGUGUUGCACAUGCAUUGGUUGUUUUAAGUUGUUUGAGUAAUGAAUAAAAGAAUAAUUUUGGGUUGUGAACGACA